AUGACUCAAGUCACCGAGUACCGCCCAUCCAUGGCCUCGUCUCCCGUGCUCUCCUCCGCCUCUACACCCUUCUUCCAGACUAUGAGCUUACAAGCUGCGACCCUUAGCACAAAAAGGGCCGCUCACUCGCCGCCCACUUUUGACUACGACGAGUACGACGACGACUUUGACGUGGAUGACAUCCCACUCAUGGACUUGGACGAGGAUAUCACCGUGUUCAGUGCUCCAAAGGACGAGUCAUGCAAAAAGUUGAACUUUGCCGGUAAAACUGUGUUCCCGUGUCUCGGCUCGCCCAGGGUCGCCACUCCCGCCGCCAGAAACUUCUUUAACCAGAAGACGGAGGAGAGAAAACCCCUCGGUAAUAUCUCAAAUUUCUUCCAGUCACCGGUGGAAAAGGGCAAGGCCACCCCCUUCAACAGACGAGCGUUGCACUCUCGGUCUAUGUCUGAGUUUCCGUCGCGCGGGUUCUCGCUUGGGUCCUCUUCAUCCUGUUCCUCUCCACCUCCAUCCCUCUCCCUCGACAUUCCACCAUCGAUUUUCGAAGGCGAGUCCGCUGUGACGUCUGCAACCACGGUAUCCUCCAGAAAAAGUAUCUUCAGUGCGCCUAAGGGUGUCUUGGACUUGGACAGAAGCAUCUUGGGAACCCUCAUGGACGACGACGACUACGUGCGUAACUUCCAGAGCUCCGAAGACGAAACUCCAGCCUCUCCCAGUGGCGACAGACCCGUCGGGGGUUCUCCCUUGUUGCAGAGACGUGUUUCCAGGCCGGUCAUGAUCCAGGCCGCCAGAAAGAUGAACCACAGCACCGGCGACUUGACUCGCCGUCUGGGGGCCUUGUGUCGCCGUACACAUUCCAUGUUCCACACUCCGACCGAGGUUGAUGUCAGCAAGACCAACGCCCAUUUGGGCGAGACAGACUUGCACACGUUCCACGUUGCCAGGGAUCUCUUGCCAAGAAUUUCUGAAGAUGAGUUGGUGCGUGUUCUUUCGGGGGACUACACCAACAAGUUUGACACGUUUCAGGUGAUUGACUGCCGGUUCGGGUACGAGUAUAACGGUGGGCACGUUGACGGAGCUGAGAAUGUGAAUUCCCAGGAAGAGUUGAUAGCCAAGUUUUUGACGCCGUCCUCUUUGAGUGACGCGAAGAAAACGUUGUUGGUCUUCCACUGCGAGUUCAGCAUGAAGCGUGGCCCCUCGAUGGCGGCACAUCUCCGCAAGUGCGACCGCUUGAAGAACAAGGACAACUACCCCCACUUGGACUACCCGGACAUUGUGAUCUUGGAGGGUGGCUACAAGAGCUUUUACACCAAGUACAAGCACAAAUGCUAUCCUCAGAACUACAUCGAGAUGGACCACCCGGAGUUCACUGACCUCUGCAAGGAGAACUUGAACUGCUUCCGCAAGGACAUCAAGAAGAAGCCGUUGGCCCGUGCCCAGACUUACCACUUCUCAGAGCCCUUCUUGUCUGAACAGCAGGUGCCAUCCCACCGCUUGAAGAGACAGAAGUCGACCAACUUCUCAGGCGACUUUGACUUGCCAACGUCCGUGUCAACCCCGUCCACCACCCGCUCCAUCUCCCGCAAGGCAUCCUCAUCCUUUUCCAUGACCAGACACACACCCUCAUCCUCCAUCUCCUCCAUCUCGUCGCCGUUCUCCGGCCAGGAGGUCAAACAAAACUUGACCAGCUUCCUCAGCGCCAAGAGCAAGCGCAAGAGCGCGGCCCCGAUGGACUUUGGGUUUAAAUUUCCUAUGGCCAAGGGUACCCAGAUGGAUUUUUCUAUGACUUCCAUCACCGAUGGUCUUACUGAGACAUCCCACAUCGUUUCCACCGAAACAGCCGAAGAAUUAUCUUUCUUCGGCCAGAGGUCGUUACAAAGAUCCCAUACUGCAUCGACGUUUUUCUAA